AUGACAAGCCAGUGCCACGACUCUUGCAAGUUCCAAGACCCGGUCUAUACGCAGAGCAGAAAGAAUCGAUCCGUACCGGUGUGCCCUGUUUUCCAAGACGCCUACGUAGAUUGUUGCCCUCAGCUUCGGACUACACUGCAAACGACAGGUGUGUGCUUUGCAGAAUGCCAAGCACGUUUUUGUCCGCAGCCUGCCGGCCCGUAUUGCGAACAGCUCCGACGGACUCACAGCAGAAUGAACCUGGACGGCGUCAGCCCGGUUGUUGAUCCAUGGGCGGAUGGGUCAGAUCCUUGGAGCGACAGCUUACGGGCGAGCCAAAGGGUUCCUCGAGGGCCGAACAAGAUGAUGCAGCGCGGAGAGAGCCACGGCAUCAGCGCUCGAGAGGGUCGGCCUGGGGAAGAACAGGAACGGUUGGCAGAGGCCGCAGCAGAUCCCGCACGCCUUCUAAAUGCAGUGCACGAUGCUGAUCCAUGGGCAGAUGGAGCAGAUCCAUGGAGCGACAGCUUGCGGGCGUGCAGGAAUCCGCACACGGCGAGCCCGUCACAUCAGCAAGGCCACGGCGCAGGGGCGAAGAGGGACGCCGUCGAAGAGGCGACGUCGAAGGACCAGUUGUGCCGCUUCUUCACGUUGAAGGGCUUCUGUGCCAAGGGCAGAGACUGCGCGUACGCGCACGGGGAGGAGGAGCAGAUCCAGGAUGCGAAUGCCCAGGCCUCGGCUACGUACAAGUUGAGCUUGUGCCGCUUCUUUACAGUGGACGGCUUCUGCGCCCGAGGCCGCUUCUGCAGCUUUGCGCAUGGAGAUGACGACCUACGGCAGCACGGGCAGGCCCUAGCGUGCAAGACCAACUUCUGCCACACGUUCAUGCGUGAGGGCUUCUGCGCCAAGGGUCGGAAUUGCAGCUUCGCCCAUGGCCCAGAAGAUCUUGGGGCCCAGGAGGCGCUGAAGUACAAGACCAGCCUCUGCCAGCGCCACUUCCAGGAUGGUUUCUGCAGCCUCGGGCCCUUCUGCAAGUUCGCCCACAGCGAAGAGGAGCAGCGUGAGGACGUGACCGACCAGGCUGUGCCACUGAAGUCCCUUCCAUGCCAUCGCUACAGCCAGGGCUUCUGUGCCAAGGGCCGGUUCUGCCGCUUCUCCCAUGACAAGGAGCCCACGGUGGGUCCACCGAACCCAGCACUGUUGCGGGAGCCCCUGAACACACAGCGACUGAGGCGCUGGGGCCGGGUGAAGACCAUGGACAUCACUGAGGCGGCCCUGGAUUGCUCCGACGCCGCCGAGGUCGAAACCCAAACCUCCGGUGACGUGGACGCCCGCAGUUCUAACUCCGAGGCCGACGCGGACUUUGGCGAGGACUCUGGCGACUCGUCCGGCACCGAAGGCAUCGCUGCAGGCCCCGAAGGCUGGGACUCCGAGCAGGUGGCGAAGUGGCUGGCGGAAGCGGAGCAGGGCAAGUUCGCCAGGUAUGUCGAGGUCUUCCGCCAGGAGGAGAUCAAUGGGCAAGCACUUCGCUGCCUUACACCAGCGGAGCUCAAGGAGGACCUGCGCAUUGCCGAGCUGGGAAUCCGGAAGGCCCUCACAGUGGCCAUUCAGAAGCUUUUCGCAUGA